CCUGUGUCUCGCUGUGUAACUUGCCUCCCCAGCAGCGGGCGGGCGCUGGGAGUGUCUGCUGGGUGUAGCAGCAGCCCGACGUCUCGUUAGUGUGAAUGACUUGAAAAAACCCACUAACAACAGCUCAGCAGGCGAAACGCUCACGGAAAACUGAGGGACAUUUUUCUUUUGUAACUUCUUCCCGCUUCCUUCCUUCCCCCACCUGUAUGACUGCGUGAAGACAAAAGCGACUCAGCUAUGGAGAGCUCCUUUGAGGUUUCCCAGACUGACGGCAGCUCUAACCCCAAACCAUUUCUGGCCCCCAAACCUCGACUCACUCCCAAGCCCUUCUCUCUGCAGAAGAACACCACAAUCCGCUCCAUCCAUGCCCCAAAGACGGUCACUUCAAACUCGACGAAAACCACACAGCAGACGGUCAAAUCAGGAGCUGCAGGUCUCCCCAAACCUUCAGUGACAGCACCCGCACCGAAACCCCCUCAACAAACCCCCACCUCUGCUUCCAAACCCAAGACAGACGUAAGUGUCUUACCGACAGAUCCACCAAAGUCAACCAAAGAAGGGAUAGCAAGUGGAGAGGAUACUCUUGAUUCCAGCGUGGUAAAACCUGAUCCUGCUCCACCCAAAGUGACACCCAAGCCUCCGCCAAUCCAGAAAGACGAUGUCAUCCAAGCAAACCACAAAGCAUCCACGGAAAUUGUAACUAAACCAGUACAGAAAGAAGAAAAUAAGAAAGAAGAUGAAUCGCAGACUUCUGUCGUACAAAACCUCGACGAAUCAGGCAGUGACGUUUCCUCUACAGACAAUCCAGCGUAUGGAUGGGGCGGCAGCAGGAAGCGGCUGUCAAUGAAGCUCACCUCCAAGUUUGAGUCAGGUGGCCCAUGUCUGUCCCCCCAGCCAGCUGUUACCAUCACAACAACCGACACCAAAGAUGAUGCAGACAAGCCAGAGCCUUCAGACCCAGAGCCGAGCCAGCCGACAUCAGAGCCGUCCAACAAGGAGGGCGAUGAUGGAGCGUUGCUGGGGGUAAACAGCGGAGGGGGAAGCAUAAAACGCAGAAUCAGCCUCCUGUUUGACUCCUCAUCGAAGCCAGAGAUCAUGACAAAGAGAGAGGAGCCGGAAAUUAUAAAUGGUGCAGGAAGUGUGAAGGGUGUAAGGGAGAGAAUGAAAAUCUGGGCAAAGGAAACACCCCCCGAGGAUCCAAAGACUGAGAAGAAGCCUCAGGUUGCUCCAAGAUCUCGCUCCAAGAGCUUUGAGCCAGCAACUGCUCCAACAGUGGAAACACCCACAAUGCCGCCUGCUGCUCCUGAAACCUGGUCCAGUCACACAUUGGAUCUUCCAUCUAAGGUGUCGCCCGCCGAACCACCCACAGAGACCCCGAUGGAAACAUCCAAAGACGCUCUUACUGAUGCCCGCUCAACAGAAAGCUCCAAAGAAACGCCAGAAGAGGAUAUGGAGGACACGUCAAGUGAAGGGAGUGUCAAACUACGCAAACAAGGCUCAUAUACACUCAACGCUGAUGAGGGAGACUCCAGUGAGACACCUGAACACGCUCUCAAGAGGGACAAUGUCAAACGACGCUCUGUUCGCUUCGGUGUGGUGGAGAGAGAUGAUGGUGGGCCUCCAUUGAUCCUGGGCUCACCGUCUUCCAGCGAGGAUGAAGAGGAAGAGGAAGAGGAAGAAGAAUCUGAGGAUGAAGCUAAAGAGGACGUCCCUACGCCUGUCUACAGAAGAGUAGGAGGUCAACAGAAGAAGGAAGAUGAUAAGGCGCAAGAAGAAGAACGUCUGAAACAUUUGGAAUUUGAAAAAAGACGAAGAGCAGAUGAACACGAGCAGCCGAGAGUCAAGAUGGAAGAAGAGAAAAAGAAGGCGAGGGAGAGAGAAAGGUUGGACAGAGAGGAGAUGGAGCGGGAAAGAGAGAAGGAGUUGAUGUGGCAGAGAGAAGAGGAAAGAGAGAGGGCGAAACAGAAAGAAGAGAGACUUCAACAAGAUCAGGAAGAGGGAAACAAGAGAGAAGUUAUUAAUAAAAAGAAACAACGAGAGGAGGAGUGGGAACAAGAGUGGGUGAAGCAGACAGAGAGGAUAAGAGAAGAAGAACAGGGGGAAGGAAAGAAAGAGUUGGAGUGGCAGAGACAGAGAGAAGAGGAAAGAGAGAGGGCGAAACAGAAAGAAGAGAGACUAAGACAAGUUCAGGAGGAGAGGAAAGAGGGAGUGGACGAGAGACUGGUCAGCGGGAAAGAAGAAUACAACGUCCAGCGGAAAGUGAGAGAGAAGGAAGGCAACAAGAAGUUACAAAGAGAGGAGGAGUGGGAACAAGCCUGGGUGAGCCAGGCAGAGAGGCUGAGUGGAGGAGACGAGGAAGAGAUGGUGCGGCAGAGGCAGAAAGAGGAGGAGAGGGCGAGACAGAAAGAGGAAAGACUCAGACAGGAGGAGAGGGAGAAAGAAAGACUAAGAGCGGAGGAGAGAAGGGAAGAGGAAAGGAAGAGGCAGAGAGAGGAGGAGAGAAGGGAAGAGGAAAGGAAGAGGCGGAUAGAGGAGGAGAGAAUGGAAGAGGAAAGGAAGAGACAGAGAGAGGAGGAGAGAAGGGAAGAGGAAAGGAAAAGACAGAGAGAGGAGGAGAGAAGGGAAGAGGAAAGGAAGAGGCGGAUAGAGGAGGAGAGAAUGGAAGAGGAAAGGAAGAGACAGAUAGAGGAGGAGAGAGCAGAAGAGGAAAGGAAAAGACAGAUGGAGGAGAGAGGAGAAGAGGAAAGGAAAAGACAGAUAGAGGAGGAGAGAAGGGAAGAGGAAAGGAAGAGACAGAUAGAGGAGGAAGGAAGAGAAGAGAGGAGAAUAAGGGAAGAGGAAAGGAAAAGACAGAGAGAGGAGGAGAGAAGGGAAGAGGAAAGGAAGAGACAGAUAGAGGAGGAGAGAAGGGAAGAGGAAAGGAAGAGACAGAUAGAGGAGGAGAGAAGGGAAGAGGAAAGGAAGAGGCAGAGAGAGGAGGAGAGAAGGGAAGAGGAAAGGAAAAGACAGAGAGAGGAGGAGAGAGGAGAAGAGGAAAGGAAAAGACAGAUAGAGGAGGAGAGAAGGGAAGAGGAAAGGAAAAGACAGAGAGAGGAGGAGAGAAGGGAAGAGGAAAGGAAAAGACAGAGAGAGGAGGAGAGAAGGGAAGAGGAAAGGAAAAGACAGAUAGAGGAGGAGAGAAGGGAAGAGGAAAGGAAGAGACAAAGUGAGAAAAACCAAUUUGAGGAACUGGAGAAACAAAUGCGAGAGGAAUUUGAGAUAAAGCGUGCACAAGAACUGGAAGAAAACCGAAGAAAGGAAGAAGAGAGAGAAAGGGAGAGGCACAUUAGGCUGAAGGAGCUGCAAGAAAAGGAAGAAGAGAUGGAGAGAAUGGGGCAAAUACAGUUGGAAAGACAGAGAGAGGAGGAGAGAAGGGAAGAGGAAAGGAAGGGGCAGAUGGAGAAAGAAAGAGCAUUGGAGCUGGAGAGAAAGCUUCGAGAGGAAUACGAGAGAAAGCAAGCACAAGAACGGGAAGGAAAGCUACAAAUGGAGGAAGAGAGAAAGAGGCAAGAAAGAGAGAGUGUGGCAGACAGAGCAGAGAAAAAUGUAAUCAACUUUGACUCUGAAGAUGUGCCUCAGAAGUCGCUGCUUUCCCCCUCAAAGAGGGAGGCGGAGGUUGUCUACGAUGACUUCUCCGUCAGGCCGCCUGACAUGCACGUGGUCUACGACGACUUCUCCGUCAAACCCAGGCCGAAAGCAGACACCAGACCGCCCUCGAAGAGUUGGGCAGACUACUCUGGGAACAGGCAGGAAGUAGUUGAUUGGUUGGCGCCCCUGGAAGUCAGUCCCGUGGAAAACAGAGUGCGUGAGCAGGUGGAAAGAACAAUCCUCCCCGAGCCUACAAUAGCCCCGGAAAGUCCAGAGAAAGAGGAGAAAGAGGAAGAGGAGCAGAGCCCAGAAGAGGAAGAGCUCAUCUCCUUGGAGAUGGAGGAGGAAGAAGACGAGCUAAAGGCACCUGUUAACAGUUAUAGCCCAACGGGGGAAGACACUGAUGCUUUGAUAGACAGUGAGCCAGAGCAGCAGAAUGAGGCCUGCGAGCAGACAUCUGACAUUGACAGCCCAGAGCCCGUCCCUGACGAGGUUCCUGAAGAACCCUCUGAAGACCCUGAUACCACUGACUUCUCCAGAGUGCCGGAGCAGGCUCCAUUCCCUGAGAGCUCCACUCCUCUCCUCGACACCAGCGCUCAGAGAUCGAAGGCAGAUCUGGGUAAGCGCCGAAGUCGGUCGCGUCCGCCACGCUCGAUGCGUGGAGGUUUCUCUCCAAAGGAAAGUCAGGACUGGAGGGCCCAGGACACCAUAGAUGAAAAGAAGGCAUCGUCUAAGCAAAGGGAUUCAGACUCUGAGGAGGAGCAGCCUAAACCGAAGAUAGCUCGUUCUCCUCCCCCCUCUCAGAGAGUCCCCAUGUUCACUGGUUUGAACCCUGCAUCCCUUAUUGCUCAGCUGAAAAGGAGAACAUGUGGAGGAGGAACCAGAGGAGGAGAGGAAAAGGAAGAAAACAAGGGAAGAGAAGAGAAGGAAAGUCGAAAUGAGGAAGCGGCUCCAUCUCCCUCAAAACCCUCCCGCUCUCCUCGCCCGGCCGCUCGCUCUCCUCGCCCAGCCGCUCGCUCUCCUCGCCCAGCCGCUCGCUCUCCUCGCCCAGCCGCUCGCUCUCCUCGCCCGGCCGCUCAUCUCCCCGGGGCGGCCCGAGUCCUGCCACCCAUAGGUGGUGGGGGAGGAGGGUCUGUCUCCUCUCCCGCCUGGCUGAAAGAACUGAAGUCUAAGAAGCGCCUGAGUCAGCACGACAGCGAGACUUAGCCAGACGCAGGAGACACUGGGACAAGGCUGUUCAGCAAGAAUCAAUCCAUCUCAGCUGCUGCUGCUGCUGGCAGAAACCUUGGCAUGAUUGCUUCAUUUUCCACUUUAAGUGCCUUAUUUUGGACAUUUACUGAGAAAUGCAACAGGGGUAUUCAGGCUUUUGCUGAACGUAGUGGCCAUCAAGAACUUGUCUGGCCUGUACAUGAAAUAUGGUGCCAAGUCUGUGAUGUGUUCAUGCCAAGUACAUGAUUUAUUUUCUGCUGUACAGAGGCUCAAUGGAGGCAAAAUACCCCAUUGUAAUUCAGAGCAAAGCCAUGGACUGUCCUAUUGUUUGAAUGUAUAAGUCCAAUAUAUAUAGUGACUUGACCGAUGACACUAGGCUUCAGCAGGGUAUCGCCUGUCACACACACACACCUAUGUACAGAACAUACUGAAUAUACAUAUAGAUUGCAUCUUGUGUGUAUUUAGUUAAAUUGUACAAAAUGCUUUUUACAUUCUCUUUCUAAUCACAAGUAAACCUUUAAGCACUUUAAGAACAUUUUUAACAAAUGAUGGUACAUCUAAGCAAUACAAUAAUCAAGUACCUUACCGUAGUAUCAUGGUCAUUGGAUUGUUUUAAUUGUUUCACCAUGUAUGUCUAUUCUCUUUCCAGUUCCAAAAUGUAAAAUGUACAAUGACUAGGAUUUUAUAAACAUUUUUAUUGAUUCAAACGAAAAAAUAAUCUAUCAACUAUUGUGUUUACAAACUCAAAUUGACAAAUUCUUCUUAUUGUGCCUUUAAAGAUGCACUUCCUGGAUUUUGUCCAAUCGACCAGUGAGCUGGUGAAGUAUAUUUUUAUGCUGUAACAGAAUCAGGAAUUGUUUUUGUAAAAUAUGAAACCCAGAAAAAUGCAAUCAUCUGCUCGAGAUGCUUUUAUGUGCCUUUUUCAAUGUUAAAGAGUGGCUGUCAUCAAUGCAGUAAUCAUGUAUGAUCAAUGCCAUGUAUAAUAAGAGGAAAUUGAGGGAAUUUUAUUAAAACCUUUUUCUAUGAAAUGCAA